UUCUUCCCGUUCUCCCAGAUUCGAGUUUGAAAUAUGCAGACGGUCCCUUGGUCUGGCUGUUUCCCCCCUCCCCCACCAGCCAAGCUCCUGUUUCACUCAAAGAUGGCGUCAGCUCCGGAGCCAUUGGUCUCUGGCUGCAUUUUUGGGCUUGUUGUUGUCUGUGUUUCGAAUGAUUUCUGGCACAUUCUGCCCGGCCACUCGACAAGAAAUUCUGGUUACGUUGGCUGCUGAGAUACGAUUGGUAUAAAGACGGCCAGUUCCUGCUGCUUUCAGGGGUGAGAUCUGCUGCUUUGAUCCUGCCACGAUACAACUCUGCAACCAGGAAGGACAGGGAGGAGACAGCAGAAAGGAAUACUGGAGAGUUACUGCCCACUGAAAUCUACAUCUUUGACAUUCAAGGUUCAUUUGCUGAAGAAAAGGUCUCUGACCUGUUCCUGACACUACAGUUGAUCUUUUUCAAGCACGAUGGUCCGGCAGACGGACCCCGUUGAGGGGCAACCACAGUGACAAGGAGGGGACUUAAGCCUCAAGUGUGCCCUGGGGACUUGUGUGUGUGGGUGGGUGGGUGUGUGUGUCUCUACUGCUGUGGGUGAUUGGGCUUGGCGGGAGGCAACCACUCACUGCCUUGCUCCACCUGCCUCCACAUCCGCACCGAGCUCUGCCCAUCCCGCCAUUGCCGGGAGAAGGGAGAGGGCCGGGACGGGGGUCUGUUUUUUUGGGGGUGGGGGGGUCGGUGGGGGGUAGCCUAUGCUAUGGUGAGCUGCUCCCCGUCUGCCUGCUUGUGCUCAGACUCUGAAGAAUUCUCUGUUCGGCCGCAGGACAAAGGAUAGCCUCCUUGCCGAGAGUGGGGAGGCUCGAGGUGCGAGGGGGCUCAGGCCCAGCUCUUUACCUGUGCAGGUGUAUAGGUUGGGGGUCUGGCCGCAGACCCGCUGACGACCGCAGACAUGGUGAAGCUGGCCAACCCGCUGUACACCUCCUGGAUCCUUGAGGCCAUCAAGAAGGUGAAGAAGCAGAAGCAGCGGCCGUCCGAGGAGCGCAUCUGCAAUGCUGUGUCCAUGUCGCACGGCCUCGACCGCAAGACGGUGCUGGAACAGCUGGAGCUCAGUGUCAAGGAUGGUGCUAUCCUCAAGGUGUCCAACAAGGGGCUCAAUUCCUACAAGGACCCCGACAACCCGGGCCGACUGGCCCUGCCCAAGCCUCGGAGUGGGGGAGGAUCAGGUGGUGGAGGAGGAGGGGGCGGUGGUGGUAGUAGUAGUAGUAGUGGUGGAGGCGGCGGCAGCAGCAGCAGCUCUGGGUUUCAUAAGAAGCCUGGGCUGGACUGGAAUAAGCUGAUCAAGCGCGCGCUGGAUGGUCUGCACGAGCCUGGUGGCUCCUCCAUCAAGAGCAUCGAGCGCUUCCUCAAGUGCCAGGCCGACGUGGCGGCCUACCUUUCAGGCAGCAGCGCGUUGGCACCGGGUCUGUUCCACCAGCAGCUGCGUGUGGCGCUGAAGCGGGCCGUGGCACACGGUCGCGUGUUCAAGCAGGGCCCGCUCUUCCGACUGGCCAGCCGCAGCUCAUCCUCGCACCCAAACGACGGCACGGGCAGCGUCGCGCUCGGGACGCUGCCGCCCGUCCGCCUGCUUUCUCACGAGAAGGACAAGCCUGUGGCUGAGCCAAUUCCUAUCUGCAGCUUCUGUCUGGGGACCAAGGAGCAGAACCGCGACAAGAAGCCGGAGGAGCUCAUCUCCUGCGCGGACUGUGGCAACAGCGGACACCCAUCCUGUCUGAAGUUCUCCCCUGAGCUGACGGAGCGGGUCAAAGCUCUGUGGUGGCAGUGUAUCGAGUGCAAGACCUGCAGCAACUGCCAGGACCAGGGCAAGAAUGCGGAGAAUAUGUUGUUUUGUGAUUCCUGUGACCGGGGUUUCCACAUGGAGUGCUGUGACCCCCCACUGUUGCGGAUGCCAAAAGGCAUGUGGAUCUGUCAGAUCUGCCGGCCGAGGGAAAAGGGACGACGGCUCUUACACGAGAAAGCAGCACAAAUCAAGCGGCGCUACAACAACCCGCUGGGGAGGCCCAAGAACAGGUCUAAACGGCCCUUUAAGAAGCUUCGCGGGAGCGGAGGUGGUCGGGGCCGUCGGCGGGGGCGGGGGCGGCCUUCGGCAGCUGACCGGCGGUCGCAGGGCUCCUCGUCGCCACACUCCUCGUCCAGCUCCUCGUGCGAGGGCUACCCGGGCGACGACCAGCUGCUUUUCCCCAUGCGUCAUGACGACAUGGAGCCCGGCAGCCUGCACUUCAACAAGAAGACCAAGGGCCUGAUCGACGCGCUCAGCAAGUUCUUCACACCCUCGCCAGAUGGGCGCAAGGCGCGCUCAGAGAUGGUGGACUACUCGCAGUGCCGCAUCCGCAAGAAGAGCUGCCGCAAAGGCGACGAUGACCGCUCAGACAAUCAGGAUGGCGAUGACUGGCAUGAGGAAGAGGAUAAACCGCCAGGGCACGAGAACCUGACUGAGAAAGAUGUUGAGCUCUUCAGACACAUUCAGCUAGUGGCACUACAGAAAGUUGGGGUGACGGGACCCCCUGAUCCGCACAUGCGCUGCCCGUCUGUCAUCGAAUUUGGGAAGUACGAGAUCCAGACGUGGUACUCGUCUCCCUACCCACAGGAGUUCAGCAGACUGCCCAAGCUGUACUUGUGUGAGUUUUGCCUGCGCUACAUGAAGAGCCGCAGCAUCCUGUACCAGCACAUGCGCAAGUGUGGCUGGUUCCACCCCCCAGCCAAUGAGAUCUACCGGAAGGAUGACGUCUCUGUGUUUGAGGUGGACGGCAAUGUCAGCACGAUAUACUGUCAGAACCUUUGCUUACUGGCCAAGCUCUUCCUGGACCACAAGACGCUGUACUACGAUGUGGAACCCUUCCUCUUCUACGUGCUCACGCAGAACGACAGCAAAGGCUGCCACCUCGUGGGAUACUUCUCCAAGGAGAAGCACUGUCAGCAGAAGUAUAAUGUGUCCUGCAUCAUGAUUCUUCCACAAUACCAGCGCAAGGGCUAUGGCCGCUUUCUCAUCGACUUCAGCUACCUGCUGUCGAAGCGCGAGGGCCAGCCGGGCUCACCUGAAAAGCCUCUGUCGGACCUGGGUCGACUGUCCUACAUGGCCUACUGGCGCAGCGUGGUGGUGGAGUGCCUGCACGAGCUCAGCGACCAGCAGCUCACCAUCCGCCACCUCAGCAAGAUCACGGGCAUUUGCCCGCAGGACAUCACUUCCACCCUCCUCCACCUCAACAUGCUGGAGCAACGCGGAAGCCGGUUGGUGCUGGUGCGUCGGGAGAAGCUGAUCUCGAUACACAUGAGCCGUCUGCAGGCCAGGCCUCGGCAGCUGGAGGUAGACCCCGACUCUCUGCGCUGGACCCCAGUCGUUGUGAGCAGCAUCGUGGUGUCCGAGGGGGAGGGAGAGGAUGACGAGGAAGAAGAGGCAGAGGAUGGAGAGGAAGAGAAUGGCAAAGAGAUCAAGCCGAUCCACAAGACCUCCCCACUCUCUUGGCACAGGCGAGCAGACCGGGAGGAAGAGGAAGAGGAGGAGGAGGAGGAAGAAGAAGAAGAGAGGAAGUGCUUCCCCUUAUCCUUCCCCAGCAGGCCGAGCCCUCCAGCUUCCUCCCCGGUCCGCCGCACUCCUCCCAGCCCGGUCCGACCCCCUGCCCCCGCCAACGGGGAGCGCCGGGGCCGUGGCCGACCCCCCAAGAACUGGCCCUGGGGGAAGUUGAAGGACCGGCCAGGCCGGCCAGGCAGGCCCAGGAAGCACCGGCCUGAAGAAGACAACUACCAUGACGACAGGACCAAGAGCCAGAAAGCCCCGGGGGCCUCCUCCAGCUUGCCCAUGGGACUCUUCGGUCAGUUGGGAGAUGCUAACUCGGGGAUGAGCCGGCCGGUGGAGCUCCCCCGACUUCCGCAGGCGCCGCCUCCCCGCAGCAGGGGGCGUCCCCCACGGAAGAAGCGCGGUCCCAAGCCCAGGAUACUCGAGGGCCCUGGAGAGGCCUUGUCGCUACUGCCCCCGGCACCCAGGCCAUGUGAGCUGCCGCCAGUGCACAGGCCUCGCUUCAGCGAGAGCAGCGAGGAUGAUGAGGACGAUGAGGAGGACGAUGAUGAUGAUGAUGAGAUGCAAGCCUGUUCGCCUCCAAUCCUUACGAAACCCACUCUUGGCCUCAAGUGCAAGAAGCCUUUGAGGAAACGAAGGAUGCGGCAGCAGAGCCAUCCACAAAGUAGCGUGGUGACGGAGACCAUUUCGGAGACGACAGAGGUCCUUGACGAGCCGUUUGUGGACUCGGACACUGAGCGACCAAUGCCCCGCCUCGAGGAGGAGACGCCGCUGCGCCGUUACCCGGCUGCCCGUUCGGCCCUCAAUCACGGCGACCCUGUGCCCAAGAGGAGCCGACCGCACCUUUCUGAUGAGUCAGAGGAGGAUGAUCCCACUCCUGUGCUGAAGCCUGUGCCUGGCCUGAGGAAGCCAGAGUCGUCUGACCCAACUGACAGGGGAGAGCCGCCUCCCCCGACCCCCGAUGUUCCUGUGAAGAAGAAGAAAGGCUGGCCCAAGGGCAAGAGCCGCAAGCCGUUACACUGGAAGAAACGGCCCGGAAGGAAGCCCGGCAGUGGCAACCAGCAAGCCGCAGACGCAGCUCUCUCCGCCCAGUCUGGGGACCCCCCGCCACCCAAGAUCAAGAUGAAGCCGGGCAGGAAGCCCCGCAGCUGGUACGAGCAGCGAGCUCGAGAGGAGGCAGACCGGUUAGAGCUGGAGAGGAGCAUGCUGGGACAGCCCCAGCAGCAGCAGCCACCACAGCAGCUCGACGUCAGGCGGCGGAGCCUGACCUCCGAUCUGGGGCAUGACAAGUGCAAGGAGUCCGACGAUGACGACUUCAAGCCUGUUGAGCCGCCCAAGCCCAGGAGGAGGGGCCGGCCGCCCAAGAACCCCGCUGCUCGCCUGCCCCCGCCACCACCACCCAAGCCCCCCAUCUCUGAGCCCGAGGAGGAGGAAGAUGAGGAAGACGAUGAGGAUAGGGGCUGGGGUCAGGACAAGCCCGUCCGACCGCCCUCGCGCAACAUGUUACCUGUGUCCUCCACCAACUCUCGGAUAGCCCCGACACGACCCGACGUGGACAUGGGGGGCGGUGACGAAGAGGAGGAGCGGGAGGACGAAGACUGUGAGCGGAGGCCUGCCGUAACCCCUGGCUCGGGGAGUCGCCGUAGCGACGACCAUGAUGCAGACGAUGAGGGGGACGGCCACCUGGAGGAGAAGAGCGACAGUGGCAGCAGCAGCAAGAGGCGAAAAGAGCCAGACUCCGAGGAAGACGAUGAAGAGGAGGAAGAUGAGGAGCCGGCAUCGCCUGCGCGGUCGCCGCCGGUGAAAGACGAACCUCAGAGCGGAGAAACUUUUUUAGGCAUACAGGGGAGCGUGGGGGACAAGGAGUAUGUGAGCAAGCAGGAGGAGCAGGAGCAAGAGGAGGAAGAGGAGGAGGAGGAGGAGGAAGAGGCCGAUGAGGAGCAGGAGAUAAAAAGCCGACCGUCUGAUGCGCAGGAAGACCGCAGGCGGCGCGAGCAGGAGGAGUCCUCUGCUGCCACUGCCGCCGCAGUAGAGACGGUGACGGCCAUCUCCGUCCCGGACGAGCCGAUUGAGCUACAGCCACUGCACGCUGAGGACAAGGCGGUGCUGAUGCUUCAGGCCGAACACCCGCACCCCCAUACCCUCCCCCACCUACACCCACAUGCCGACUACAAGGACGAGCUGAGCCAUGGCCACCACCACCACACGCAUCACCCGCAGCACAGCAGCGAGCUGGACCUGGAGACCGUGCAGGCUGUGCAGUCGCUCACGCAGGGCGAGGCCCAGGACGAGGAGGCUGAGCCACAUACGACUGCCGCUGCCCCCGCCGCCUCCUACCAGGACUGCGAGGAGACGCUAGCCGCCUGCCGCACGCUGCAGGACUAUGGCCACGGUGAGCCCGAGGAUGACCCACUGGGCCUGGUGGAGGACUGCAGCACCGCGGCUGCCCCAGCCACCGCUCCCUCCUCCCAGCACAGCAGCCCGCUGCCCAUGCCCCCGCUGCCUGGCCAGUCGGUGCGCUCCGUCAACAGCCCCAGCAUGACCCCUGGCCCUCUGGAGUCAGGGCCGCAGGGGGGAGCGCCCGGGGCCCCGGCUGGAGCAGGAGGAGGCACAGGGGGAGGCAGUGGCUACACCCAGAUCACCCCUGAGCACCCCGGCACCCUGUCUGCCCCGUCGCUGCAGAACAUGGAGACGUCGCCCAUGAUGGACGUGCCUUCAGUGUCGGACCACUCCCAGCAAGUGGUGGACAGUGGCUUCAGUGACUUAGGCAGCAUUGAAAGCACCACCGAGAACUAUGACAACCCCAGCAGCUACGACUCGACGAUGGGCGGUGGCAACGGAAGCGGCAACGGGGGUGGCCUCUCUGCCGCCGCCGCUGUGGCAGCCGCCUCUUCGUCGGCAGCUUCAUCUUCCUCGUCGACGUCCUCCAGCUCAGCCACCCCAUCCUCCUCAUCCUCACAGGCUAGCAGCUGCUCGUUUGUCUCCAGGUCUCCAGGCCUGACCUCCACCACUGCCCCUGUAGGCUCCCAGCUGGGCAUGGGUAGCUGCAGCCUCAUCCAGCAGGCUGGCCCAGGGCCCAACAGCAGCAGUGCACCUAACAGCGGCGCUGGAGGGGUACCUCAGCCACCGCCUCCGCCUCCACCCCCAUCAGCCAACACGCCCAGCUGUGGGAUCAAGUCCCCGCAGAGCUGUGUCAUCGAGAGGCCGCCCAGCACCAACCAGCAACCCCAGAAAAAGGUGCCGCAACAGCAGCAGCAGCAGCAGCAGCAGCAGCAGCAGCAGCAACAACAGCAACAACAGCAACAGCAGGCACCAAACCCACCAAACACCCAACCCCAGCCCCCGCCCUCAGCUCCCCCACCCACUCCGCAACAGCAGCAGCAGCAGCUGCUUUCCCAGUGCAGCAUGGGAAACGGUUUUGCCUCCACGCCCAUGAUCAUGGAGAUUCCUGAGAGCGCAGGCGGUGGUGGCGGAGGCCGCAGCCUCUACAUGGGCCAGGACUUUGGCGCGGGCGGUUACGGGCAGCCCUCGGCCACCUUCAGCUUGGCCAAGCUGCAGCAGCUCACCAACACCAUCAUGGACCCGCACGCCAUGCCUUACUCGCACUCGGCGGCCGUCACCUCCUACGCGCCCAGCGUGUCCCUGUCUAACUCGGGCCUUGCCGGCCUUACCUCCACCUCUCACCAGGCCCAAGCCACCAUGACAGCGCCGCCCAACCUGAGCUCGGGCUCCAUGAACCUGGGCUCAUCGCUGCUCCAGUGUAACAUGGCCGGGGCCAACAUCAGCCUGGCUCCCCCGCCCCACACGCAACGGCUGCAGGGCCAGAUGGCCUCUGUAAAGAGCCACAUUUCCAUCCGCUCCAAGGCCUCGCAGCUUCCCGCCGGCUCCCCGCACCAGCAGCAGCUCUAUAGCCGCAGCUCGGGGCCCGUGACCAUGCAGGGCUCGCCGCGGCCCCUGACCGUGCAACGCAGCAUGAUGCCCAACCUCAUGCCCACACCGGGCGCCUACAACUCCAUGAACAUGAACCCACUCAAUGCCGCCAUGUCGGCCGGCUACCGCAUGGCCCAGCCCAUGAUGAACAGCGGCUACCAUGGCAACCCCCCAUACAUGAACCAGCCGGCACAGUACCCCAUGCAGAUGCAGAUGGGCAUGAUGGGUGGCCAGGCCUACCCGCAGCAGCCUAUGCAGCCCAAUCACCAUGGUAACAUGAUGUACACGGGCCCCACCCAUCACAGCUAUGCCGGUGUCCCCAAACAGUCGCCCUACAUGAGCAGAUGAGCAGCGGGGGGUAAAUGAGACAUUAGCCCACAUCACCCCUCUCCUCUGCUCAGGACCAGGCAUCUCUCUACUGUCUCGUAUGUUUCGCCUAUCCUCCAAAGCCAGACUGAGUGAACGUAGGAGAUGGGGAGCUCUGCACACAGCAGAAGACAGCAGCAGCAGUAACGGACGAAGCAGACACAGGGAGGGGAAUCAAACAAAAGGGACUGUGUUUGUUUGUUUGUUUGUUUGUUUAUUUCCCCUUUAUUUUGUAUGUUGUCAGUCUUUUUUUGUUCUGUUUUUUUGUUUUUUGUCCCCUCCCCAAUCCUUUCUGCAGACACGUCUGUGACCCUGCGCUGGCUGUGUUGGGGGAGACGGCUGGUGGGAUUGGUUAGAUGCUGUGUAAAUGGACCUUCAGUGGGGACCGAUGACUCACAGGGACUCCAGGGCACUGAGCCUCUUCUGCUCACCACACACUUAACCCUGAGGCGCGCUGCCCCCUCCAUCCCAAGGAGAAAGUGGAGGAGAGGAAGAAAGGAAGAACUUUCCCAUGUGGGAUGUGAGGACUUCACUGAGCUAGAUGGGGGAAGAAAAAAAAAAAGGAGAAAAAGACUUAAGUGGUUUUCAAAUAUGUUAAUCUGACCAUUCACACAAUCAUUUCAUUGACAUAGGAAGCCUUACCUUCAGAAUGGGAAAAAGACAAGUGGUGGAAGUUAGAUGGACAUUUUGUUUUUGUUCUUUUCUAUUGGUUUAUAAUUUUUAAUACAUUUAUCUUGUUUUUGUCUCUUUUGACGACCAUUGACUUUCUUGUGUUCAGUCCAACCUCAUGCUUUGUAUGUAUUAUUUUUUUUACUUAGUUCAGGUGAGUGUGUGGGUGUGUGCGUGGCUCAAGGUGGCACCCAUCUGCUCUAACACAUCCACGCACUCGAGUACAAACACACAUGCACACAUCUCUAUUGCCACUUUGUGACCCAUGGUGGAAGCACUUCUGUGUUUGAAUCGGAGGAGGGAAUGGGGUGGGGGGCGGGUUGGGUAUGUGGGUGGGGACUCUAGUGGAAAGUCUAGUGGGCCGUUCACCGCGUUUGGAAUCCUUGUCUUCCCGCUGUAGGAUGGUGUUGCGUCAGGUCCCAGCAGGUGGAGCAGGCCCCAAUGAGGACGCAUCUGCCACUGUAUUGUAGUCUUAUGUCCAUCUUUUUUUUUUAUAUGAACAAGUAGCGUUAUUGGUUACGUUUAGACUGGACAGCAGAAUUGCCUGUGGAGAAGAAAAAAAAAGAAGAAGAAAUAAGAUGUAAAUAUUCUGGUACUUCCUAGUUCACAGCACAGUCUCCCCUCAGUGGCAGACUUGAGACCUGCAACGCUCACACACUUUUUCCAACACACUCCAUGCACAAGAGCAGAGAGCUUGGCCUUGCUGAAAUGGGGUCUCCACACCCCCCCUGCAGUACACCAUCUUCCAAACAUGAAGACAAGGAGUUGGACAUCCCAUGAUGGAACGGUUACUGCUUUACAGAGAAUAAACCUGUUUGAGACUGCAACAAUAUGUGUCUUCACUCUUUGACUAACAGGGCCAUGAAGAACAGGCUACACCGGUGUACCAGUAACACACAUCUGGCAAUACGGUUGCCCACCAUAUGCCUAGAGGGGUUCACACCAUUUACCGUGAGGGGAGAUGGACAAUAACUCAACAUGUGCCCAUUAGGCACAUCAACACACACAUACACACACACACACCAGGAUGUUUGUUGGUGUGCAUGUUGUCUGGGGGUCAUCUCCUGUUUCGGGACGAGGGGGAGAGUACCCUUCAUGUUCCAGUAUUCAAUGUCAAUUGAGGAUUUUUUUUCUUACAAAUCUGAUGUUUCAUAUAUUAUUUGUGUGUAUUGUUUUUGUUUUGUUUUAAUUUUCUGAAUUUUAUCAGACUGGGCAGCUUUCUUUUAUGACACGAGCUGACUCUUUUUGACUUUAGAAACGUAUUGUAGAGAACAAUGUUUUUUCUAUAAUAUAAAAAAGAAAAAUUCUGACAUUGAUAUUGGUACUGUCAUUUUUUUCACUUCUGUUUCAGGAAAAACAAUACAUAUUUUUUAGCUUGACUCUUGGGGUAAUAUUAUUAAGAAAUUCAAAACUAAAAAAAUACAACUCACUUUUAGUGACUUUAAGAUGCCUUUAACCUCUCCAUUCCAUCUCAUCUUUAGAGUUUUCUAUCUUUGUGUAGUAUAUUAAUGCUAUUUUAAAACAAAAGGAAAAAAUAAAUAUCUAAAGGUCACUUAGCGUUCUUUUUUCUUUUUGUUUUGGACUUUUCGUGUGUGUAUAGGACGACUUCCUUACAUCUACGAGGCAUGUAAAAAUGAGCUCAGUAUAUUUCUGUCUGUUUAUAUUGCUUCCCCUUUUUGUAUCCUUUGUAAUUGUACAUGGUGAGUUGUAAUCUAAGAGAGAGCACGAUAGACGGAGCGAGGAGGGCCUGGCGCUCAUAGAGGGUCGAUUGCGUCCGACUUCCUCUCCUCUCUGUUUCGUCCCUGUAUGUAUUUCCAUUUAUUCGGUUUUUUUUUUCUUUUUAGCAAGUACUUUCAAAGAACUCUGUACAUUUUAACAUGAAACAAAAAUAAAUUAUGUUGAGCCA